GGUGGGGGAUGCGGCUGCUGAGCUGGAACGUGGCCGGGCUCCGGGCCGGGCCGGGCCCCGCGGGGCUCGGGGCGCUGGGCGGGGACGUGAUCUGCCUACAGGAGACCCGCGUCACGCGGGACCUGCUGGCGGAGCCGCUGGCCAUGGUGGACGGCUACAACUCCUACUUCAGCUUCUGCCGCACCCGGAGCGGCUACUCAGGUGUGGCGACCUUCUGUAAGGACAGUGCCACCCCGCUGGCAGCGGAGGAGGGGCUCUCCGGGCUCCUGGCCCGGCCCGGGGAGGGCGGCGCCGUGGGGUGUUAUGGAGACCUAGGGGCCUUCACGCCCCAGGAGCUGAAGGCGCUGGACAGCGAGGGGCGCGCGGUGAUCACCCAGCACUGCAUACGGACAUCGGCACAGCAGGAGACCACCCUGACGGUGAUCAAUGUGUACUGCCCACGGGCUGACCCCCAGCGCCCCGAGCGCGCCGCCUACCAGGCAUCCUUCUACCAGCUGCUGCAGGGCCGGGCCGAGGCGCUGCUGAGAGACGGGGGGCACGUUGUGAUCUUGGGGGACAUCAACACGUCGCAUCGGCCCAUCGACCACUGUGAGCCAGGGGACCCGGAGGCGUUCCGGGAGCACCCAGGCCGGCGCUGGCUGGACGGGUUCCUGUGGGCACCAGAUGGGCCCCCCGGGCAGGGGCUCUUCGUCGACACCUUCCGCCUGCUGCACCCCAGCCAGCCGUACGCCUUCACCUGCUGGCGCAUCGACACCGGCGCCCGGCUCACCAACCAUGGCACGCGGCUAGACUACGUCCUGGCCGACCGGGCCCUGGCGCUGGCCGAGCUGCGGGAUGCCCGCAUCCUGCCCGACGUGCCCGGCUCUGACCACUGCCCGGUGCUGGCCGAGCUGGCAGCCACUUUCCUGCCAGCGCCCCGCUGCCCCUCGCUCUGCACCCGCCACAUGCCUGAAUUCGCCGGCACCCAGCAGACGCUGAGCCGCUUCCUGGUCAGGGUGGAGCGGGGAGCGGGGGCCACAGGCGGCCCUGGGAUGUGUCGGGGGGCAGGGGUGAGGCCAGGGUGCUCUGCACGGAGGGGGAGACGCUCGCCCAGGGGGCAAGGGGACCUGCUGAGGUAUUUCAGAGCCGCACAGGGCCAGCUGGGGACAGGCACAGGCCAGGCCGGACAAGAGUCGUCAGACCACAAUGCCUCAGGGCACGGGACACAGGAACUGGCCCAGGAUGCGCUGGGGCAGACAGGACAAGAGGCAGCCCACAAUGCACCAGGGCAGGGCAGACCACAGGCAGCGCCCAGCAGCACAGCCCAGUGGCGCAUGGUGCUGCGUGGCCCGACUCCCCCGCCCUGCUGCCCGGCCCAUGGGGAGCCCUGUGCCCUGCGAACUGUCCGCAAACCAGGCCCCAACCGCGGGCGGCGUUUCUACGUCUGUGCCCGGCCCCCAGGGCGCCCCAGUGACCCCAGGGCCCGCUGCGACUUCUUCCGCUGGGCUGGGGAGCAGGGGCGCUCCUGA